AUGCUAGAAAAAAGGAAAGGGGCCUUUGGACUGGACGGGCGCCUAGGCAACUACCCGGCGAAAGCCACCAUUCGACUAAAGGAAGGACAGACCCCUAUCUCGGUGCCCAUGCACAGCGCGUCGCCAGCCAAGAGGGAAGUCAUAGACGAACAGAUUGACAAGUGGUUUGAGCAGGGCGUCAUAGAACCUUCGCGCAGCCCGUGGGGAGCCCCAGUAGUGAUCGCCUACCGCAACGGCAAAGCACGAUUC